AUGGCCGUGUCCUGUCAAGACAGCCAGCCAGCAAUCAACACGGCUGAGGAAUCCGAUGCUCGCCUCGCCCGGCGCCUCCACUGCACACUCUCUACAGCGGCGGGCCGGCCUCUUCAUUCUCCUUCUCCUUCUCCUUCUCUUCCUUCCUUCCUUCCUUCCUUCACCUUCUGGCGAGAUCCCGUCCCCAUCCCCGGGGCUCGGGAGGAGCUCGCUCUCUCACGCUCGCGCACUUGGAAGGCUUCGAAGGUCGGCAUGGCGUCGCCGCAGAGGGAAUCUCCCGAGAACGAAGAAGAUUUUAUUAACUAG